UACACGGUUAAAAGUGUGAGAGGCAUCCCAGGACGACGACAGAAAAUGUCAGAGCCGUAGAAGUUGAGCAAGAAAAGUGAAAAUUUUCGGUGCAAUUUUAACACUCUCCUCACGUUUAGUUUGCUAAUCUUGAUCCCAACACGUUUUAACUUUCGGUGAAGCUGGAAAACCGUCAACGGGAUUGCGGUGUGGUGCUAUCCGAACCGUAGCUGAAAACAUCGAUUGUGGCUGAGUUUGCAGCGCUAGUCUGAGGAUUUGCUUGGUCGGAGGUGGUCAUCCCAAGUGGAAUAGGAAAGCAGUAGCAGCAGCCACAAACUAUGUUCAAAAGUCGUAGUGAGGGAAAUGUUGUUUAUAAGUGCACGGUUCGACUUCUGGAAGAUCUGGAUGUUUUGGAAUGUGAAUUCCAGCCACACCAUAAGGGCGGUUUUCUGCUGGACUACAUCUGCGAGCAGCUGGAAAUUACCGAGAAGGACUAUUUCGGGCUUCGAUUCGUAGACACUGCCAAACAGAGGCACUGGCUGGAUCUGGCAAAAACCAUUAUCAAACAAGUAAAAGAUGUCGAUCCCUUGGUGCUAUCCUUUCGUGUUAAAUUCUACCCAGCUGAUCCCUGUCGACUGACAGGAUACGGGAAGGUGAUGCUGUUCCAGCAGCUGAAGCGAGAUCUGCGACAUGGCCGAUUGUACUGUUCGAUUGGGGAAGCUGCUGCGCUCGGAGCACUGAUUGUACAAGAUGAACUGGGUGAUUUCGACCCGGAGACGCACACCGGCGAGUACGUUUCAUCGUUGAAAAUUGCUCUUCGGCAAACCGAGCAGUUGGAGAAAAAGGCGAUGGAGCUACACAGAAAGCGCGAACCGGGACAAGAAACAGCGGCAGUGUUCGAUGAGUUUGUUGGGAUUGCUCGAAGUCUGGAAACCUACGGUAUCGAUCCCCACCCGGUGAAGGAUCAUCGCGGUACGCAACUCUACUUGGGAAUCAACUUUUCUGGUAUCAGUACAUUUGCAGCGGGACGAAGGGCACAGCAUUUUCGGUGGCCUGAAGUGCACAAAAUCAACUUUGAAGGCAAGAUGUUCAUCAUUCACCUGGCGUACACGGAUGAUCGACGCGAAGUGAAAAAGCACACAGUUGGCUUUAAAUGUCCGUCUGGAUCUGCUUGCCGAUAUGUAUGGCGAUGUGCCAUAGAACAAAUGUUAUUUUUUACUCUUCCAACAAGCCAACAAGCAGCGGUGAUGUCCGGUGGUGGAUUCUUCUCCUGGGGUACCAAAUUUAAAUAUUCCGGACGAACUGAGCGCGAAAUUUUGUCCGAGUCGCUGAACGCCCUCCGGCAGCAGAAACUGAACAACACUAGUCCCAGUAAGAGAAAAGCCCAGAGCGUCCCAGCAACUCCUUCUAGUCCUCAAGGUGAUCUAGCGGAAAUUCGUAAGUCGCGGUAUAGCAGCCUUCCACGAUCGACAAUGUCCGAGCCCCUGGGCGGUUGCAAUGACCACCAUAUGGUAUCGUCAGUUUACUGCACCGAUAAUCCACUGCCAACGUUGGAAACCGUAUCGGAGGAAGCGCGAAAAACGAACGGUGAAAGUAACGAUCACCUGUCGGAUUACUACUUCCGGGAUUCGUUCGACCAUUCCUCAUCCGAGUCCGGGUUCACCAGCAAUGUGAUCGAGAAUCGACUCGGUUCUCAUCUACUCCACCGCCAAACCUAUACUUCCGAUAACAUUUCCUCGCUGGCGAUGCACAGCAUGGCGAACAACUCUGCGCUGAUUCAGCAACAAAAUGCCAGCAACAGUGCAAAAAACGUGAAAAAGUUUUCCCUGAUCCAAGCUUUCGUGCCAUCGUUUUUCUUUGUGGUCGUGGUUUUAGCAGUGUCCGCCGUGUACAUUUUGGAAUCCGAUUCGGAUAUGUUCAGUACGAUGAAAAACUGGCCGGAGAUGAUUUGUUUGCGCUAUCAGUAUUACCAACCGUUGAAGGAGUUCUUAGCGAAAAAGUUCGGUGCUAUAUUCUGAUUCGUUUUGGUGAAGCCAAACGGCGAUGGAGGGUCGGAUAGAGGUGCAGACGAUGGUUACUACCCAAGGGCGGUCAGUUACGCAGAGGGACGGGAACUUGGGGGGAAUGAUAGCCAGAUGACCCUGACGUUGACUUUGCCCAUCACGAGACAAAUGUAAAGACCGGACGAGAAACAUUUGCGAGUAGUUAUUUACAUCGAAUCGAGAUUUAUUAUAUGCAUAUCAGUAUUGUUGAGUAUGAGUACUUUAGAUUUUCCCAGUAUUUAAAAAUGCUUUUAAUAAGAUGAACGGAAAUGAGUUUAAUUGCAGGUAUGUCCUAGUAUUAUUUUGAGUUUCAUGAUUGAAAUACAGUUAUGGUGUCUUGAAAAAAAGAAUAAUAAAUUUAUUUAUGAAUUAUACAUUUUUCGUACACACUUGCAUUGGUUGCAUUGGUUUCUCAAAUUCAUCAACCAAUAGAGAAUACAAGAAGAUAUUGAGUAAGGCAGUUCAAAAUUAAAAAAAAAAACAAUACCCCAUACCUUCCUUAUCAUCCUUACCAUAAAAAUUAAGUUCUGUGCAAU